GGGCGGAAGUUUGGACCUUCCAGCCAUGUAGUAAAUAGUAAUGAUUAAAGGCGUUUCACUGAAACCCGCGAGGGCGAUAUUGUAAGAAUGAGCCGAUAGAAAUGCUGUAAAUUUCAAAGUGAAGACGCCGAUAUCUGUGAACGUUUUGACUUUAACCGGAGGGUUGGUGAAGUUGUAGAUCUGCAAGGACGCGUUAUUAUUUUACCGAGUGAGCCGCCUCCAAAAUGUCGGCGAUCGCGGCUCUGGCUUCUUACGGCAGCGGCAGCGAAAGCGGCAGCGACUCGGAUGGGGAAUGUGGAGAGGUUCCCAGCCAGGACGCUGUGGCUCAUCUGCACCCUGUAAAUCCUGGAAAAUCCAUGUCGCGCCUGCACGGAUCCCUCGCUUUAAACUCCGCGCCCGAGGUUGCUGUGAAGGAAGAUGUGGAGACAGGGAUUCACCUUGAUCCGUUGCUGAAGGAAGUUACGUUCAAUCCAUCAUAUGAAACUAUGUUUGCACCAGAGUUUGGUCCAGUGAACCCUUUCAGAACACAGCAGAUGGCUGCCCCUAGAAAUAUGCUGUCUGGGUAUACUGAGCCUGCCCAUAUCAACGACUUCAUGUUUGAGCAGCAGAGAAGAACCUUUCAUACCUAUGGUUACGCUUUGGAUCCGACUGUAGACCACAGUGAAGGAUCAGGAGCGGGUAUGUAUAUUGGUAGCGUGGAAGAUGCUGAGAAGAAUCAAGGGCUUACAGUGUUUGAGUCUGGUAAAAAGAAAACUGAAAAACGAAAGAAAUUAAAAGAACCCGACCCAGCAAAUAUUGAUGGUUUUCAGGGGCCCUGGGCAAAAUAUGUGGAUGAAAAGGAUGUGGCCAAACCUUCUGAGGAAGAACAGAAAGAACUCGAUGAGAUUAUAGCAAAAAGACAGAAGAAAGGCAAACAAGAAGAUGAGAAACCUGCAGAAGAGAAAACAAUCCUUCACCUCAAAGAUAUGUAUGACUACCAAGGAAGGUCAUACCUUCACAUUCCUCAGGAUCUUGGAAUCAAUUUACGAUCUAAUCAACCCCCUGAGAAGUGUUAUCUUCCCAAGAAGCAGAUGCAUGUAUGGACUGGACAUACAAAGGGCGUCAGUGCUAUUCGAUUGUUUCCAACAUCUGGUCACUUGCUUUUGUCCUGUUCCAUGGACUGUAAAAUCAAGCUUUGGGAAGUUUACAACGACCGCAGAUGCAUCAGAACGUUUAUUGGUCAUAGUAAAGCUGUGCGAGACAUAUGCUUUAACAAUGAUGGCACCCAGUUCCUUAGUGCUGCUUAUGACCGGUACCUUAAACUCUGGGACACCGAGACAGGGAAAUGUACAGCCAAGUUUUCUAAUCGCAAAGUUCCAUACUGUGUCAAGUUCAAUCCUGAUGAAGACAAGCAGCAUCUGUUUGUGGCUGGAAUGUCAGAUAAGAAAAUUGUCCAGUGGGACAUUCGAUCUGGAGAGAUUGUUCAGGAGUAUGAUAGACAUCUGGGAGCUGUUAAUACCAUCACAUUUGUGGAUGAAAACAGGCGAUUUGUGAGCACUUCUGAUGACAAAAGCCUCCGAGUCUGGGAAUGGGACAUUCCUGUGGACUUCAAGUACAUUGCUGAGCCAAGUAUGCAUUCCAUGCCUGCAGUAACUUUGUCGCCAAAUGGCAAGUGGUUGGCGUGUCAAUCAAUGGACAACCAAAUUCUAAUCUUUGGAGCUCAAAACCGAUUCAGACUGAACAAGAAAAAAAUCUUCAAGGGCCAUAUGGUGGCAGGUUAUGCCUGUCAGGUAGAUUUUUCACCUGAUAUGAGUUAUGUUGCCUCAGGGGAUGCUGAUGGAAAACUCAAUAUCUGGGACUGGAAGACGACCAAACUUUACAGUCGAAUCAAAGCACAUGAUAAAGUCUGCAUUAGUGCAAUCUGGCAUCCACAUGAAACAUCCAAAGUCAUCACGUGUGGCUGGGACGGGCAGAUCAAACUGUGGGACUGAUGGGAGAUCUUGGAAUUUUUAGAUUUACUUGGUAUCAAGGCUCUUCAGAGAAAUUGUGUUUGGGUUCCUUGAGAAGUGCUCUCUCACCAGCUACUUGUUGCCCUCCUUGCUGGCUGAAGAUAUGGGCUCAGGGAGAGUUGGCUGCAUAUUAACCUGAAAGGUUCAAUACACAAGAGUAUCCUUUGACACUUCCAUAAAUUUGAAUAAUCUUUUUGUUGUAAGUUAUGUUUAAAAGAAAAGUUCCAGCAAAACAAUCACAACCAAAAGAAAUUUCCAGGUUAACAGUUUUUAACAGGUUCAUUUCAGAAUCUGUGAACAGAUUUCAAAUCCUUCAGUGCUGCUUGCAACUCCCAAUCAUAUAUUAUCGUUUAGUUCUGAGGAAGCUGUAGCCACAAACUGAAAAUGCAAGAUAAAAGAGAUUCUCAAUGUAUAACAUCAGAAGUCCAAAUAUUGGUGAUGAAAAGUCCCUCAUCGCAAAGACUGUACAAUUAUACAAUGCCCUUAGGCCAAAGCAGUUAAAAGAAUUCUCAGAGGACUGCAGUAUUUUCAAAGAACCUGCUGCCUUUGGAGUGUAGAACCAUUGUUUGAUGUAACUGCAUCUAAUGUAUGACUUCAAUGAGCAAUGAGGUACCAUUCUCUUGAUAAUUUUAUGGUGUUUUCUUCUAUAAAAUCAAUAUAUUUUUAAUGAAAACUGGAUAAUGCCUGCAUUCUCCAUAAUUCAUUGCCUUUUAAUGAAAUAUGAACAUAAAACUUUGAAAUGAAUAAUUCUGAGGAUGCAAUUCUGUUAGAAGACCAUCAAUUACAGCGAAAAACACUGAUUCUACUGACCACCAUAGUGUCUCAUUGUCAAAAGUGACCAUUCUUUAACUUUCUGUUGAAAUAGUGAGCUACAUAUAUCAUUCAGAAAUUAAAUUAUUGACCAUUUCAAAACUACUAUUGCUUGUAUGGACCAGAAAUGUUUGUAUUAAAGGAUUUUUUUUCUGCUUAUCCCUAUUGCUGAAUUAUUCAGGUCCUAGCCAUAAACCUGUAUAUUCUGUUACAUGAAUCCUGCAAGAGGAAUUUGACUUCCAAUGAAGUGGUGACCCUUUAUACAAUGGAGACCAUUUGUACAGAGAGCUCAUUACAUAACUUCACGAGUUUUAGUGAAAUGUGAAAAACUUUUGUAUAACCGAAACAAAGUUAAAAUAAAUUAUUGGAAACCUGAAAAAUAAAUGGAAACCGCUGAAAAUACUGAGCAAAUCAAGCAGCAUCUGUGGAGGAAGAAUCUGAGUUAAAUGCUUCAAGUCAAUGACCUUUCACCACACCUGGAAAAUGUUACAUAACAUUUUCCAGUUCUGAAGAAAGUCAUUGACCUGAAACAUUAAUUGUUUCUCUUUCCGCAGGUGCUACCUGAGCUGCAGAGUAUUUCCUCUUUAUAUUUCUGUAAAACUGAAUGCUGGUUGAACCAGAGAGCAGAAUUUCAAGUAUCUUGAUUUUUACAGAAAGUUGCAAGGUGAGUGUGGAAUUGAAAAUAAAAACAAUCCUUGCUGCCA